UGUGAUGCUGGUCAGACAGACCCAGGCGCAGACCUCCAAACCUUGCGGAGCUCCUCUCAGAUCCUAAGCAACCCUGGAGAGCCUAGCCAUCUCCCCCCGGAAACUCUCGCCGCAGCCACCGCUCACUCCCUACAGUGACAUGUACCCUGAGGAGACCCGUGGGGGUGGAGGGGCAGCCGCCAUCGACUACCUGGAGGGAGUGUAUGACUACACUGCCCAUGCCCCUGGCCUGGCCCCCCUCUACAGUUCCUCCACCGCAUCCCUGGAUGCCCAUGGACCCCCCUUGGACGACAGCCUGCAGUCCCUUCUGUUUGUGCCCUCCACUCCCCAGCUCAGCCCCUUCCUCCGACACACCAGCCUCCCCAGCCUCCCCAGCCAGUCUUUCUACCUGGAGAUAUCCUCCACACCCGUAAACAGGUCGAGUGUGGUAGCCAAUCAGCACUCAGUGUCCCAGGAGGAGCUCAGCAGCACCUCCGACAGGCAGGAGCCUUACACUGUGGCGGAGUCAGUGUCAGGCUCAGGUUCAGGGCCAGGGGUCGGAGUGUUUGAGAUGGCCAAGGAGACUAGGUACUGUGUGGUCUGCAGUGACUAUGCCUCUGGGUAUCACUACGGAGUUUGGUCCUGCGAGGGCUGCAAAGCCUUCUUCAAAAGGAGCAUCCAAGGUCACAAUGACUACAUGUGCCCUGCGACCAACCAGUGUACCAUCGACAGGAACCGUAGGAAGAGCUGCCAGGCGUGCCGCCUCAGAAAGUGUUACGAAGUGGGCAUGAUGAAAGGAGGCUUGCGAAAGGACCGCGGUGGGCGGGUUCUCCAGAGGGAUAAGAGGCGUGGUGGCCCUGCUGGUGACAACAGUGUCCAGGAGCACAGCAAAGCGCCCCCUCAGGAUAGUAGCAGGAACAGCAGCUUCGGUGGUGGAGGAGGAGGAGAAGGGCGGCUCAAGAUCGCCAUGCCUCCUGAACAGGUGGUGUUCCUGCUGCAGGGUGCGGAGCCUCCAGCCCUGUGUUCUAGUCAGCAGUUGGGCCGUCCCUACACAGAGAUCACCAUGAUGACCCUGCUCACCAGCAUGGCUGACAAGGAGCUGGUGCACAUGAUCGCCUGGGCUAAGAAAAUACCAGGUUUCCAGGAGCUGUCUCUCCAUGACCAGGUGCAGCUGCUUGAGAGUUCCUGGCUGGAGGUGCUGAUGAURGGACUKAUUUGGAGGUCCAUCCCCAGCCCUGGGAAACUAAACUUCGCCAAGGACCUGAUACUGGACAGGAGUGAAGGGGACUGUGUGGAGGGCAUGGCUGAGAUCUUUGACAUGCUCCUGGCCACUGUGUUUCGCUUCCGCAUGCUCAAACUAAAGCCUGAGGAGUUUGUGUGUCUCAAAGCCAUCAUCUUGCUUAACUCUGGUGCCUUCUCCUUCUGUUAUUACUCUGUGGAGUCCCUCCACAACAGCCCGGCGGUGCAAAGCAUGUUGGACAACAUCACUGACGCCCUCAUCCACCACAUCAGCCAAUCGGGAGCCUCGGUGCAGCAGCAGUCCAGACGGCAGGCCCAGCUCCUGCUCCUGCUCUCGCACAUCAGACAUAUGAGCAACAAAGGCAUGCAGCACCUGUACAGCAUGAAGUGUAAGAACAAAGUGCCUCUGUAUGACCUGCUCCUGGAGAUGCUGGACGCUCACCGGAUCCACUCCCCAGGCAAGGUGGCCCAAGCCUGGGGACAGGCCAAGGGGGAGCCCCUCUCUACCAAAGGCUCCAGCAUAGGACCCAAGCAAGGCAACCAAGAUACCCAGCUCAGAAGCCCAGGUCCUGGGGUACUCGAGUAUGGCACUACACGCUCUGACCGGAGCCCCAUUCCAUGAUGAGAUAUAGAAAGAGGUAUUUGUAGAUAUGGAAGAUGUAAAAGUCCUUCCAUUCGAUAUAGUAUAUGUAGAGAAAUAUUUUGACAUUUAUGGAGGUAAGAGUAGAUAAAAAAAUAUACAUGAAUUUGUUAAUUGUAAUAUUUGUUUAUAAUUUAUGUGAAUCAUUUAAUAGAUAGUUCAAAUGAUUUAGCAGAGAUCCGUUGAAUGUUUAGAAACGUUCGCAUUUUGUACUGGCUCACUACGGACUGAAAUGUGCUCCGUCUCACCAGAUGUUGCCUUUCACAACAUUUACAAACUUUUGAGUGAAGUGUUUUCUGUGGCUUUAGCAGCAAUUUCACCUUUUGUGCAGCUUCAUAUAGUGUAGCGCACUGUUAGCAGCACAGACUCUUGAUAGAGAGCAGCUAGUCGAUGUUGAUCAAUGCAUUAUACCCCGUGAACAUGAGCUUUGCUUGCCUUGACCAAAUUUCCCUGUAAGCUAAGCUAACAUAUGGAAUUGUUUGAAGAUGGUCAUACCAAGGAUCAUUUAGCUAUUUGAUUUUGGAUUUUAGAACCCCUUAAAGUAUCAAAAAAUAGAUAAAGAAUUAUUGGAUGAAACGUUGAAUUUGGCAUUACUGCUAUUAGCAAAUAGAAAUGCAUUGAAUAACAGAUUCACUACAUGGAACAACAGAUAGUACCCAUUAAAAAAAUCAAAAGGAAGUUUGUACUGAAGUGUCUGUCCAAUUUUUUUCCAUGUAUUUAGCCCCUUAUUUUCAGCACUAAACUAUCUCCAUAUAGACUUCCAUUCAUGUUUUGAAACAAUUGACAAAAUGGGAUAUUUAAGGUAAUGUAUUACUGCAUUCGUAAUUUAUAUUGUACAGAACUCUUAACAGCAUUUCAGUUGAUGGACAGCAAAUAAUGUUUUAUGGACCAUUUUAUAUGGUUCUAAAACAGAAGUAAUGUAAUAGAGCCCUACAGUGGAGGUGUCAUAAUACCCAUAAAACCUAGCGGCCAAACAGGYAAAUGGUUCCAAUCGU